AUGCAUUCGUGUCUGUCUGCGCAAGUGCUCGGUUCCUGCAGAGGUUCCUUGGUCAGAGCUAUGAGCUACCACCAUACGAGCCAACUCUGGAGUUCCCAGUUCGGCGUGCGCUUUGGAGCGCUUGCAAAUGUCCGCCAGGAAUCAACUGCUUCUACGUCUAUUCAUACUUCUGCCCUAGGCGGUGAUGAGAUCCGUACCGACGGCCCUGUAAUUUCGGCCGAAGUCGGCCUAUACACGACGGAUGUUACCCCAGAUCCAUUGCCAUCAUUUCCACGCUCAAGGAGUCCUCGGCGAGCGCCCAUUGCUCUCCCGCCACGCUCAACAGACGCUCAACGACCACCUAUCGCUCUCCCAGAUCCAAAUGUCGCAACCAACUCAAAAGAUGCGAGCUCAAAGGACGCGAGCGCAAAAGAGAACGCCGCGGCUCCUAGCGCAGACAAGAAGAAGAUUGUCGUCGAGCCACCGUCGACUUCACUAGAGUUCAGCAUCUCCAAGAAAGAGUUUCUUGCUGCCCGCGCUGCCAUCCCUGGCACUCCCGAGGCUCACUGGUCAUAUACCAUGUACCAUCGAACUGGCGAGAAUGGAAAGGUCGAUAAUGUUAAAGUCCAUUAUUGUGAAAGUAAGGCUACCACGGAGCGGGUCUGUAGCGAGUAUUUCCUCAACGAAGAUGUCAUCGGUCUUGAUCUGGAGUGGAUGAAAUGGGCAAGGAAGACGGAUGGGCCACGGCAAAACGUCUCCCUCAUCCAGAUUGCGAGCCCUAGCCGCAUUGCCUUGAUCCAUGUCGCAGUGUUCACAGAGAAGGAGGACUUUCUAGGGCCGUCGUUUCGCAAGAUGAUGGAGAAUCCCAACGUGAGCAAAGUCGGCGUCAACAUCAUACCGGAUUGCACGCGCCUCAAAACCCACCUCGGCGUCACUGUUCGCGGUGUCUUUGAGUUGAGCCAUCUUUACAGGGUCGUCAAGUAUCUGCCAGAGACGCCUAACCUCGUCCACAAAGGACUGGUAUCACUGGCUACCCAAGUUGAAGACCAGUUACUGCUUCCUUUGUUCAAGGGAGAUCUAGUCCGAACCGGGAAUUGGAUGAGACGGCUCAGCUCGCAACAAAUCAACUAUGCUGCGUCGGAUGCUUAUGCCGGCCUUCAGCUCUACUACGUGCUUGAGGAGAAACGAAAAGCCCUCGUGCCCUGCCCUCCUAGACCGCAUCAUGCGGAACUGCGGCUACCUAUUCCACUUCCUGAUCCUCCAGCUCCUCCAGCUGUUGAGAAAACAGAGGAUGAUGCUGCUGCCGUGGACCCGACAACAGCCACUUCUGCAGAUACAACGGCUUCCACAUAUAAACGCAAAAACUACAAGCCUAAAGAUCCUAAAUUAGAAGACUCUAAGCCUCAAGAUCCUAAACUAGAAGAUCCAAACCCUGAAGACUCCAAACCUAAAAGGCAACUACCAAAAACCUUUAAACCGAAACUUCCAGCCUCGGAAGCUGCAGCAUCGGGUGAUUCGGCCACAAAGGCCCCCAAAGCGAAAAGACAACGCCCGCCAAAAGCCCCCGACACUAGAGACGCGCGGGUCAUUGCAGCCGAAGCAGAGAUGAAGGCGUACAACGAUGCGUACACUGCCGCCAACUCAACCUGGCCCGUCACCACCCCGGUCCGCAUCAGGGCGUACUACAUCUGGUACCGGAAUGAGGACCUUUGCCCUGCCGAUAUCGCGGCGCUCUUGCGAGACCCGCCGCUGCUGACCAGCACUGUUGCGGCGUAUAUCGUGGAUGCGAUACAGACGGAGAAGUUUCCUUAUCCGUUGGGCAGGUUGCACAAGGAAGUGGUGUGCCAUAUAGACCUCGAAAAGCCGUACAUGUAUAAGUACAAGUCGUUUUGCGAGGAGUGUUCAAAGGCAGUCAAGCUGGACCACAAUAACGAGGAAACGAAGCAAACGGAAGUGAAGCCAGACGAGCAGAAAUAA